AUGAGGGAUCUGAGCCUAAACUUGCGUGAGUUUAAAUUUGCUCAGACUCUGAUUUUUGCCAUAGAGGAGAUUAACAACAGCACACAACUGUUGCCUGGUGUCACUUUGGGCUAUAAAAUAUAUGAUGCCUGUGGCUCUGUAUCUCAGACUGUCUUAUCAAGCAUGGCUUUAAUGAAUGGCUAUGAAGAGACUUUGCAUGAUGAGUCCUGUUCUAAACCACCAUUUGUUCAUGCCAUUGUAGGAGAAUCAAGCUCUUCUCCCACCAUUGGUAUGGCCUCUUUAGUAGGUCCAUUCAGCAUCCCUGUUGUCAGUCAUUUUGCUACAUGUGCAUGCCUGAGUGACAGAAAACGAUUCCCGUCCUUCUUCAGAACAAUACCCAGUGAUUAUUACCAAAGUAAAGCGCUGGCUCAGCUUGUCAAACACUUCGGCUGGACUUGGGUUGGAACGGUGAGGAGUCGCAAUGACUAUGGUAACAAUGGAAUUGCAGCAUUUGAAAAGAUGGCAGAACAAGAGGGGAUUUGUAUUGAAUACUCAGAGGCCAUAAUUAGAACUGAUCCACAAGAGCAGCUCCUAAAGACACUGGAAGUGAUUAAAAAAGCCACAGCCAGGGUGGUGUUGGCUUUUAUUUCAUUUGGUGACUUUGUUCCCUUCCUGAAAUUAAUAGCACAAGAGAACAUCACUGGGCUGCAGUGGGUCGGCAGUGAAUCCUGGAUCACUUCUCGAAUUAUAGCAGAAACAAAAGAAUACAGUUUUCUCACAGGAACUGUGGGCUUUGCUGUGGCGAACGCCAAGCUUGACGGCCUGCGAGAGUUUCUAGUGACUGUGCACCCUGAUCAGGAGCCAAAAAAUGAACUUUUGAAGGAAUUUUGGGAAACUGUUUUUCAGUGCUCUUUGAGAAACACCGGCAGUGGCACACGUGUCUGUACUGGCUCAGAACACUUAACAGAACUACAAAAUGAAUAUACUGAUGUAUCAGAGCUGCGCAUAGCUAGUAAAGUGUACACGGCAGUGUAUGCUAUCGCACAUGCACUACAUAAUUUAAUAAAUGAUGUCAAAUCUGCCACCAACAUCAGCAAAGGAGAUCUGCCAACACCACUGAAGGUGUUGGAGUAUAUCAAAGAUGUCAGUUUCACUGUCAAAACGGGUGAAAAUUUAUUUUUUGAUGCUAGUGGUGACCCAGUGGCAAAAUAUGAUCUGGUGAACUGGCAGCCUGCUGAAGAUGGAAGUCUGCAGUUUAAACUUGUUGGUGUGUAUGACAGCUCACUGCCUUCAGAGACACUCCUUCAAGUUGAUCAAGAAAACAUGGUCUGGGCUGAAAACAGCAGACAGUGAGAGUUGUCCUCCAG